UUCAGAGUCUGCCGCCUGGAAGCACUCCCUCUUGUGGGUGUGAUAAAAUUAACCAUGACGUCAGCUGAGCGAGAAGAGUGCGUGCGGAGCCGCACGCAGUCACCUCAAGUUUAACUACAACUCCCAAGAAGCCAUGCGACAAAUGCAAACUACAAAAACCACAAUGCAACCACAACGCAUGCGCAGCAUCGUCAAAAAUGUUUAAGUUGACUACAAAUUGUUAGGAUAAGAACUACAAAUUGUCGCGGGCAUGCGCAGUGCAAGCCCCGAGCCCUUUAAACAUACUGUACGUGCAAAGAUGGCAGCUCAAGUCGACUUGCUCCGUGCGAAAGUGAACGACGAACGGAUAAGGGACAGCUAUGACAGAUUCAUCAAAGAGAAGAAAAAGAAGAAGAAAAGGGAUUUGUCGCCUUCAGCCGACAAAAGAGAAAGAUUUGAGAAAGAGGCGAAAAAGGUGAAGCUCCAUCAUCAUCAUCACCACCACAACCACCAGCAGCAGCACGCCGAGAACCAGAGCCACCAACCGCAUCAGCUGCAGCAGAACCCCAAAGCCCAGAACUUCAGCACGGACAAACACGUUCUCCACAUCCACCACCACCAUCACCACCACGGCCACCACCAUCACGGUCUCACCAACGGUACCAAGAAGAGCCUGCAGCCCGCUUUCCCACCCCAGAAGCGAGCCGUGCCCCCUCAGCCACCUGCGCUCUUCACUUUCACGCCCCUCAAAGUGGUGAAGGCCCAGCCGCAGGAGCUCAAAGACAAGCACCGGGAGAAGGAGCACAAGCUGAAGCUGAAGAAGGAAAACUCGGAGGCUAACGUGAAGCUUCCUGAACUGAAGAAGAAAAAAGAGUUGAUGCCCAACAAUGAAAAUGGGAAGUCUCUAACACUAGAGGAAUAUCUUCUGAAGAAGAAGAAAAAGAAGAAGAAGCAUCGUGACGAUGAUCAGGGUGCCAAGAAGGUCCGACAUCUGCACACCAAAGCGGUUCAGACUGUAUGCACCGGGCUUGGGGCUGACCUCACAGUCCCUGUUAACCCUGAAGCUCCGCUGCUCGGAGUGAUAAAGCAAGAAAUCACUCGACUUCCUGGCAGAGAACCUGUCGACAACUGUCCACCUUACCUCCAAGCGCUCAAAAUGGGCCGCACACCUUUCCUCUCGCAUCAGGACCACUACAUCCGCAGCUCCUGCCUCCAGACCGGUACCAGAUAUGGACGCUUUAUUCACGAGGAGAAGCAGCCCAACGGAGGCGGAUUUGUGCUGCACGCUUACGCCGACGAGUUGGCGUGCCUCAGUCCAGCUGAGAUGGAGGGAUUCGCCCGGGAGUUCCUGGAGCUGACCUUUGCCGAGAAGCCCAAAGGUGCAGCGGUCUACGCCUUGACUGUGAUCCACAGCGCGGCUUCGUACCUGCCUGACUUCUUGGACUACUUCGCCUUCAACUUCCCCAACACACCUGUCAAAAUGGAAAUACUGGGCAAGAAAGACAUUGAGACCACCACUAUAAGCAACUUCCAUUCUCAGUAUAUGUAA